GGUAUAUACGUCUCUGCAGAUAGUGACCAACGGGCUACACAGUUAAAGAGUUUAUGCCUCAACAAUGGCUGCUGUAGAUGUGAGUAGGGAUAUUCCCGAUAUUGAGAGUAUCUUGGCGCUGAACCCGAAAGUCCUUCACAGUGCUAGCCUGGUGCCUAGUGCUGUUACCAAACAGAACAAAAAACACUGGAAAAGAAACCAGGAGAAAGGAUGUUCGUCUUGUGAAUCUAAAGAGAAGAAUUUUUCUGAUAUCAAACACACAACUCUGAGUGAACGAGGAGCCCUGAGAGAAGCAUCCAGAUGUUUGAAAUGUGCAGAUGCUCCCUGCCAGAAAAGUUGUCCAACACAACUGGACAUCAAAACCUUUAUCACAAGCAUAGCAAACAAGAACUAUUAUGGAGCAGCCAAAGCCAUUCUGUCUGACAACCCCCUUGGCCUGACCUGUGGUAUGGUCUGCCCGACCUCUGACCUCUGCGUCGGUGGCUGCAACCUUUAUGCCUCGGAAGAAGGACCAAUCAACAUUGGUGGAUUACAGCAGUAUGCCACUGAAGUAUUCAAAGCCAUGAAAAUCCCCCAGAUCCGUGACCCAGGGUUGCCUUCUCCUGAUGACCUGCCUGAGAGUUUCCAGGCCAAGGUGGCAUUGAUCGGCUGUGGACCAGCGAGUAUCAGCUGUGCAACUUUCCUGGCACGCCUUGGCUAUUCAAAUCUGACCGUGUUUGAGAGGAAUGAUUAUAUAGGAGGACUAAGCUCCUCGGAGAUUCCUCAGUACCGUUUGCCCUACAGUGUGGUAAAUUUUGAAGUGGAAUUGAUGAAGGAUCUUGGGGUCAAGGUUGUGCAGGGCAAGGCGCUGUCUACUAGGGAUCUUACCCUGGUGGGCCUGAAGGAGCAGGGCUAUGAAGCUGUCUUCCUCGGGAUAGGCCUCCCAGACUCUAAGAGAAUUCCAAUUUUUCAAGACUUGACUGAAGAGAUGGGAUUUUACACCUCUAAGGAUUUUCUGCCCAAAGUCUCCAGAGCCAGCAAGGCAGGUAUGUGUGCCUGUAAGAGUCAGCUGCCAGCUGUAAAGGGGAAGGUGAUUGUCUUAGGUGCUGGCGAUACUGCAUUUGAUUGUGCCACUUCAGCCUUACGUUGUGGGGCCAAGAAAGUGUAUGUGGUGUUCAGGAAGGGAUUUACAAACAUCAGGGCCGUACCAGAAGAGAUGGAGCUAGCUAAGGAAGAGAAAUGUGAGUUCCUGCCCUUCAUGUCGCCCCGUCAGGUGAUGAAGAAGGGAGGACGUGUGUCAGGGAUGGAGUUUGUGCGCACCGAACAGGACGAUGAUGGAAACUGGGUCGAGGAUGAAGAGGAGACUAUCAGGAUCAAGGCAGACUACAUCAUCUCUGCGUUUGGAUCUGGAUUGUCAGAUUCUGAGGUGGUGGAGGCUAUGAAGCCUAUCAAGUUCAACAACUGGGGUUUACCAGAGGUCAACUCUGACACCAUGACGACAAGUGAACCCUGGGUAUUCUGUGGGGGUGACUUGGCUGGUGUGGCCCAGACCACAGUGGAAUCGGUCAACGAUGGCAAGACAGCUUCCUGGUACAUCCACAAAUACCUACAGUCUCUCCAUGGUCUACCUGUUCCUGGAGUCCCAAGUCUGCCAAAGUUCUUCACAGCCAUUGACAGUGUCGAUGUGGGAGUGGAAGUGUGUGGUCUAAAGUUCCCCAAUCCAUUCGGUCUAGCUAGCGCGCCACCUACAACCAGCAGUGCCAUGAUUCGCAGGAGCUUUGAACAGGGUUGGGGGUUUGCCCUCACCAAAACAUUUGCUCUGGACAAGGAUAUUGUGACAAAUGUUUCUCCAAGGAUUGUACGAGGGACAACCUCUGGUCACCUGUUUGGUCCUGGUCAGGGUGCAUUCCUCAACAUAGAGCUAAUUAGUGAGAAAACUGCUGCUUACUGGUGUAAGAGUGUCACUGAACUGAAGAGGGACUUCCCUGAUAAGAUCCUGAUAGCCAGUAUCAUGUGUGCAUACAGUAAGGAUGACUGGAUGACAUUGGCAAAGAUGGCAGAGGAAUCUGGAGCUGAUGCACUGGAGCUGAAUCUAUCAUGUCCACAUGGUAUGGGGGAGAGAGGCAUGGGACUGGCCUGCGGACAGGAUCCUGAGAUGGUUAGAAACAUCUGUCGCUGGGUACGAGAUGCCAUCAAGAUCCCUUUCUUUGCCAAGUUGACACCAAAUGUCACCAAUAUUGUCCACAUAGCUAAAGCUGCAUAUGAAGGCAAGGCGGAUGGGGUGACAGCAACAAAUACAGUGUCAGGACUGAUGGGACUCAAGGCCAGUGGAGCUGCAUGGCCGAACAUUGGCAAGAGCAAACGUACCACAUAUGGUGGGGUGUCUGGUAAUGCUAUUCGUCCUAUUGCCCUACGAGCUGUGUCGGCCAUAGCCAAUGCUAUCCCAGGGUUCCCCAUUCUGGCUACCGGAGGGAUUGAUUCUGCUGAAGCUGGUCUCCAGUUUCUACAGGCAGGAGCGUCAGUAUUACAGGUGUGUAGUGCAGUACAGAACCAGGACUUUACCCUUAUUGAGGAUUAUGUGCUGGGUUUGAAAGCCCUGCUCUACCUGAACAGUCUGGAGGACCUUUCUAACUGGGAAGGUCAGAGUCCCCCUACUGCACGCCACCAGAACGGCAAACCUGUGGUUAAACUGGCAGAUCUUGUUGGCCAGAAACUCCCAUCUUUCGGUCCAUAUGCCCAGAAGAGGGCUGACAUAUUGGCCAAACAUUUCAAAGAGGUUGAUAUUCUUGGUGAGGAAUUCCAGCCUGAUCCCCUCCGUCCGGCUAACGUACCAAAGAAACCUGUUCCAAGUGUACAGGAGGUCAUUGGUAAAGGCCUGGAAAUGAUUGGAUCAUACGGAGACUUGAACAAUAAGGAACAGGUGGUGGCCCUUAUUGAUGAGGAUAUGUGUAUCAACUGUGGCAAGUGUUACAUGACUUGUAAUGACUCUGGUUACCAGGCUAUCAAGUUUGACCCCCUUACUCACCUGCCACAUGUCACUCAGGACUGUACAGGGUGUACACUGUGUCUGUCUGUGUGUCCAAUCAUUGAUUGUAUCACCAUGGUGAAUCGUACAGAACCCUACAUACCAAAACGAGGGAUUCCUCUUAACACUGGCUACAACACCAUGCCUGGAGUUCUUCUGGAGACUAACUAAGGACAAUGUCCUCAUUCACAUUGUUAACACCUACAUACUUCUCUCAGUGAUACAUGAACUAGGGAAGGUUUCCAUGCCCGUUUACUUCAGUCAGUGAUACAUGAACUAGGGAAGAUGUUCACGAGCAUACACUACAGUAUACUCACAGUAACAGGCUAACUCAGGACUGUAUCUACACCUUCACAGACUAACUAGGGGGGUGCCCAUGACCUCACAGUAAUUUGCUCACUAUGGAGGGUGUCCAUGUUCUCAAAUAACAAGCUAGGGAGGAUCUCCACUCCUACAAGCUUUUGUAACUUUUAUAGGGAGAGUGUCCAUUUCCUGAGAAUAGAGACUAACUUGGGAGGGGGUCCAUGUCCUCGCAUUAUUAAACAGAGACAAAAGUAACAGAAUGAGGACAAAGUUUUGGUAAAUAUUUGUAUACGUACUGACAGGUAGAUUACAAAAGUAUGCAAGAGUUAUUUCCCUUACACUGAAAAGUGUCCUAUAGCCAAUAGUUUAUCCAUUACCCCAGUUACAUAAGACAGCUAGUCAGAAUUUUAUAUUUAAUGUCUAUUGUAUCAUUGGAUGGGACCACAUUGGAGAGAUCAUUUUGAUGAUAUUUUUUAUAAGGGCUAUUAAUCAGAAGUUAAGUUUCAUAUAUUGUCCAUUGUUUACACUAAAAAUGCCUUACUAAGCCCCAAUAUACAAAACUUUCACUAAAAUAGUGAAGAGAAAAUACAUUCUAUUUACAGCAAUAUUGUGAAAAUUAACUUAACUGAGAAAUAUUGAAGACGAUAUGGUACGAUUGUUUUCAUAUCAAAACUGAAAAAUUACUUGUUGUAAACAUGCCUCCAUUUACCAUCUUUGCAGAAGCAAUGUUGUAAAAUAUUUUUGACCUUUCCAUGAGAGAUUAAUAUUUACUAUAUAAACAAAUAUACACUCUAUUUAGAUGACACAGUGAGCCCUUGAAUGACUAUACACCUGCAUUCUACCUUUGAUAUGAGCUUGCAGCACGUGUGACAUCUCACUUUACCUGUUAACAUGCCUACUACACCUGGUCAUUUGACCAGGCAGAUUGGUUACCUAAAUUUGUUUUUUUUCACAACGACCUUCUGAACUUUGUAUGAUAUUGGUUUGCAUUUUAAGUGGAAGUCUUUUUUAUUAAUCUUGGCUUUUUUAUAUCCCACCACCAAGAUUUCCCUCAACUUAUGUAUGUUUUAAUGUUAUCUUUGUAUAAUAAUGUGGAAAUUUUCUCAGAAAUUUUCUGAAUUUUGUAAAUUUGCCAAAUGAUUGAUGUAUUGGGGCAUUAAGUAAAAUUGGUUUGAUAUCAGAACUUCUUCGUUCAAACCAGUUCUUAUUAUGAAGAUGUUUAGGUUUUUUGUUAAGGAGAUACCUACGUUUGUUGGUAUUUAAUAAUGAAUUUUGAUGGAGAUAUAUACAUCUCUGAUGUUGUAGAAUUACACUGAAAAAAAUAAAGUUGCUAGUUAGUUUUGUAUACAAGUAAAAAUGUUAUAUAUAUGAAUACUUAUACAGUACAAUUAUAUACAAUUAUAUGUCUAACAGUGUCAUGUUAUAUUAGUUGUAGGACAUUCAGUUCAAGUUUUCUUCUUAUUGUUAUUUGUCAGUUAUCAGUUAUAAUAACGAGACAUAGAAUUGAAAUGAUAUGUAAAUUGCACUGGAGUUGAACUGUGGUGUUUUGGUUUUUGACUGAUGAUGCCAGUGAAAUGCCUGUAUUGAUGUAUGCCUUGUUUUGUAGCCAGUUUAAAUAGUUUUUUUUUACGUCUUUAUAGAAUGUUUGUUGAAUUUUUUUUUUCAUUGCAAAGACAAUCUUAAGACUUUGUCAUGGAGUGACUUAUUGAGGACAUCACAAUAGUGUUAAGACAUAAGUGUCGUAUAAUAUUGACGGCAUGAUAAAACAGGCCAGUUAUAUAUCUAUAUAAUGUAAUUAUAAGUUCUAAUACCCCUUAGAUUUAUACCUACACUCUUUCUGAAAUUGAAUUUUUAAAAUUGAGAAAUUUAUUUACGGUCAUGUUCAUGGUCUGGAGGGGAACAUUUCAAGAUGGUAAUGAUGAAAACACUGUAUGGUAGUACUGACAAUCUGGUCUCAAUACUCCAUACGAGGAGAUCUCGAUACAGAGAGGCUCAACAUCAUCUAUAAAAAACAUACAAAUGAGAUUUAAAAUGUAUGAAAUAUUUAUCCAAAUUUGAUAUUGAUUGGAAUUUGAAUUUUACGAUGUGAAUUAGGAUGGAAGAAAUUUCCAUUUUUCUACUCGCUUUUCUCGUUCCUAUGUAACUCAUUGCGUUGACAGUUGUAUCUUGAUGUUUCCAUGGAGUAGAUUCUGCAUCUAAUUUAUACAGUAAAUAUCAAAAUAUUGGUUCAAAACUAAAAUUCUUUUUUACAUAGAUGAUGUUUCAACAAAAAAUUUUGUUAGCCUGAUUAACGCAGGAUUUCAUUUAAGUACAGCUUAUCAUUAAAAUAUUAACAGGAAACAGUAUAAAUGAAUAUUUAAACAUUUAACAUGACAGUACCCCUACUUAUAUUUUUUCAUUUUCUCAUAUAUAUGUAUUUAGGUUUUUUUGGACAUAGUCACCACUUUCAUAUGUGUAACAAUUAAGUGAACAUUGUCUUUCCAGUUCCAGAUAAAGGCAUAGAAAUCCAGUUUGUGAAUGCCUGGUUCUUUACAUAUAUGUUCCGUCAACUUUUCCCCUCCAGACCAUGUAUAUAAGUGCUAUUUUGAUAAUUUGAAUUUGAACUUUACACGUACAUAGUAAGGAUGUAUUGUACAUGUUGUUGAGUACAUAUAUACAAGCUAUAUAUGCAAGGUUGAACAUGAGCAGCAUUCAAGAUUCGGCUAAAUGUUUCAUACUAAGAACAUAUAUUUUGUACAUUUGCUACUUGGCAUAUUUUAUGAGCUGUAGUUUGUAAGAGUUAUCCCCCUUUAAAUACUCCUUGCUGUUUUUUUCCCCAUGUGUUAUUUCAAACUCGGAACUCUUUGAAAGAUGAUGUUUGUACAAAAACUUCAAAAUUACAUUUUGUUGAUGUUUUUUUUUAAUUGAUUUACAAGCAUUGGAUCUUUUCAAAUAAAGUGCCAGAUUAGU